AUGGAUCUCUCAAGAGAAGACGAAUAUUUUGAGUGGGUGGACCGGACGGAUUUGGUGGAUGUUGCGCCUCGAAUAAUUCGACAACCCGAAGUUUCGACCCUAAGAAUAAUUUGUAUGGAAGAGGAUAACGACGACGAUGAAAUCGAAUUCCCAAUGUACGACGACAUAAAAUGGAAUGAUAACAAUGACGACCAAGUUCCCAAGGAGGAAUAUGAUGCCCAAGUCGAAUAUUACCUUCAAUCUCCCUCCAUACAACCGACCUACCUCGAAGAUGAUGUAUCAUUAUGCAGUACUCCAAACACACUUUCUCCAUCAGAUCAAUCACCAGCAUCCGAACUUUCAGAGCUCCCAGAAGCUACUGAACCAUGCGAUAUCACCCAAACCGUGGAUGACAUAGAGCUUCAAAUCAAACCAUCACGUCAAGUAGAUUAUUUGGCACACGAUUGGCCGGAAGAGGAUUUAUGGGCUUCGUGGAAGUAUAUUCAAUCACAUCGUACUGCAUAUGAAAAUGGCAGAAGAUUGGAGAACGCUUCCUGGAGAAGUUGGGCGAAAAAGCGAUCGAAUCUGAAAACAAUUGAACCAUCAACGGUUGGCUGGGAGAAGGAUCAUGAUACAACAUGGUUGUAUGGCCCACUUCACAAGCAACCAUCCUGGAAAUCCCUAACAGUAUCGCCAUUGGGUUCGGGUCGACCAAAAUUGACGAGAUCUUUAUCAUACGCGGACGUGGAUGUGAAACCUAUACUUAAGCAACGACGAAUUUGCGAUAUUUUAUUGAAUCGACCAUCUUCGACUAUAUCGGUUUCGAUGGAAUCUUCGAUGACUUCCCUUACAUCUGGCAGAUCAUCCCCUUCAUCAACCUCAUCAAGGAAAUGUGUUCGCUUCAACGAUGAAGUUGAACAAUUCAUCGCAGUAAAUACUUCACAUGGGAAUGGAGACGUAACUCGUUAUGCGAUGGGAGGAUCUGCCUUGGAAGAUGUAUCCGCGUCAACCGGAAUUUAUAUCCAGCCAUCCUUGAAAGCAAGUAUGCGAUUAGUCGCAAAACUUCCAAACUCGACCCUCAAGAAUGUCGAGGACAUUAAUUCUCUCUCUGCGGCAGUUCAAAGCUUACAAGAUUCCUUAACGAACGAUCAUUUUGUGUUGCCGAGGUUUGAAUAUGAAGAAUAUGCGAGUGCUGCAAAUGGUGAUGAUGAUGAAUGGGAGCUUUCGAUGAUAGGAAUGGAUUUUAAAACACCAACGAAUUCGAUGUUGGUUGGAAAUGUUUAUUGA